GGAAAUCCAUGCAAUAUGCAUUUUCUGGAUCUGGGAAAGACAGUGAAAAAGGCUAUUGCGGAUAGGGGCAUGAUCGGGUGGCAGUAUAAUACCAUUGGUGUGUCGGAUGGGAUUACCAUGGGUACCGAGGGAAUGCGGUUCUCCCUGCAAACUCGCGAGUUAUGCCGAUAGUAUCGAGACUGUGACCUGCGCCUAGCACCAUGAUGCUUGCAUUGCCAUCCCCGGUUGCGAUAAGAACAUGCCUGGCGUCGUCAUGGGCAUGGCCAGACAUAAUAGGCCCUCCAUUAUGUUCUACGGUGGAACCAUCCAAGUUGGAUAUUCGGAAUACCUACGCAAACCGAUCAGUGUUGGUAGUUGCUUCGAGGCGGCGGGUGCAUAUGCGUACCAUACUCUUCAUCAACCGGAUGAUGGCGGGGAUACUAGCAAGACGAAAGACGAGAUCAUCGAUGAGCUCGAGAGACAUGCCUGUCCCGGUGCUGGUGCAUGCGGAGGCAUGUUCACGGCCAACACCAUGGCUUCUGCCAUAGAGAGCAUGGGUCUGAGUCUUCCAGGUUCGUCAUCAACCCCCGCCACAUCUCCUUCGAAGAUGCGUGAGUGUGUCAAGGCAGCGGAGGUCAUCAAAGUGUGCAUGGAGAAGGAUAUCCGGCCGCGGGAUCUGCUGACGAAGCGGUCCUUUGAAAACGCGCUCGUGAUCACCAUGGCCUUGGGAGGAAGCACGAACGGAGUUCUCCAUUUCUUGGCCAUGGCGAGAACAGCCGAGGUAGAUCUGGCUCUGGAUGAUAUCCAGCGAGUCAGCAAUAAGAUCCCAUUCAUCGCGAACCUGGCCCCGAGCGGGAAGUACUACAUGGCCGAUCUGUACGAGAUCGGAGGUAUUCCAUCUGUACAGAAACUCCUCAUUGCUGCUGGGUUGCUGGACGGUGAUAUCCCCACUGUCACAGGGAAGACACUAGCACAGAAUGUCGAAUCAUUUCCAUCCCUCCCCCAAGACCAAGCCAUCAUCCGGCCCCUCAACAACCCAAUCAAAGCAACAGGUCACCUUCAGAUCCUCCGAGGAAAUCUCGCUCCAGGUGGAGCCGUCGCCAAGAUAACAGGCAAAGAAGGAACCCGGUUCACAGGCAAAGCACACGUCUUCAACAAGGAGUUCGAAGUCAACGAUGCCCUAACCCACAGCCAGAUCCCGCGGGACGAGAACCUGGUCAUCAUCGUCCAUUAUGAAGGUCCCAAGGGCAGACCAGGAAUGCCGGAACAACUCAAAGCGAGCGCCGCCCUAAUAGGUGUGAGGCUGACAAAUGUCGCCCUCCUAACCGAUGGUAGGUACUCUGGUGCUAGCACGGGUUCAUCGUGGGCCAUAUCUUCCCUGAAGCCGCAGUGGGCGGUCCCAUAGCUGUGGUCCGAGACGGUGAUAUGAUCACUAUCGAUGCCGAAAGAAAUGAAAUCACCAUGGACCUCUCGGAUGAGGAGAUUCAGCGACGAUUGCGGGAGUGGAAGCCGCCCACGCUGAAUGUCACGCGUGAUGUAUUGGCUAAAUAUGCCCGCUUAGUUGGGGAUGCGUCUCAUGGAGCGGUUACGGAUUUGUUUUGGGUAUAUAUAUACAUAUGAAAGUAUAUGAAGUGAAAAAAAAAGUAUUCCCUGCAGGGUUUUUUGGUGUUUGUCAUGCAUUCAGCCGAGACGAUUACGCGUCUGUGGACAUCUGCAGGCAGAUCCUUG